AUGAUGACGACGUGCCGUCUGCUGUGCGCCCUGUUGGUGCUCGCCCUGUGCUGCUGCCCGCCCGUGUGUGUGAAGGCUGAGACUCGGGAGAUCAUUGCUGUUCCUGAUGCUGAUACUGAGAGAAAAAGCACCAGUCCAUCGCGCCUUUCAUUAGAGAAUAUUCCGGCUGAAGGUGAAGAUAAUAUAAACGCACCCAAUCCACCGUCCAUUGCACCGGAGGCAGCCUCAGAGGUGGCCGGUCAGUCAAUUUUGUCAAGUAAUGGGUCCGGUGAGAGACCGGAAAAAAUUGACGAAGAUGGACAAGGUUUGAGCGAUCCUGGAAAGAAACCAAAUAACUCGACCAAUGAGUUACGGACAGAAACUAAUAACGGUACGACAGGGUCAAAAAAUGGCACGAGUCAGUCCGCAGACCAAACGGAUCCGAACGCCAAAGAUCCUGCCGCAACGACCGCAACGACCGCGGCACAGGUACAAAGUGAUAAGGCCACAACGACGACUACCACAGAGGCGCCAAGUAAAACCACUACAACAAAGGCACCACGUGAUACGACAACAAAACCGCCAACUACGACAACCACCCGCGCACCGUCACGUCUUCGCGAAAUGGACGGCAGCCUCAGCAGCUCUGCGUGGAUGUGUGCCCCGCUGCUGCUCGCCGUAUCCGCGCUGGCGUACACCGCUGUGGGCUGA